AUGCCGCAUUCCAUUUUAAUUAACUCGGGACCCCCCAGGUCCCCGCGGGUGCACGUUUCCUUCGCGGAACCCGAGGCUCCCGCGAACCAGAUCUACUUGAAGACCCAGCCAGACGGCGGAGUCAUUUUCUAUAUGGCUUCUUCUUUAGACCGCCCGCUGCAGCAGGUCUUCGACUUCUACGCCUACAACGGAUUCAUGACGGAGUCCCACUUCAUCAAGAUGUGCCUCGAAAACAAACUGUUUCCAGUUCAUAAAGACCCAGACCCUCUGCAGCACAUUUUCAAGUCCGUGGCGAAGGGCGAGCGGUGUCUGGAGUACGACUCGUUUCUGCAGGUGAUACACCUGAUGGCGCGCCUCAAGUUCCGCAAAGCUAACUUGCCCGAACAAGACGCAGUGAACGCGUUAGUGGCGCAUUUGCUGCAGACGGCGCCGCGGCGGGACCGGCGGCACAAGCUUGUACACUGCGGCAUUCAGGUCAACCCCGAGUGCGCAGAGAAGGAGUGCAACGCAGUUGUCGAAGUCAAAGAUGCUGCAGCAGACUGCGAGCCGCUGCUGCAGGACCAGCAGGUGCAGCAGCAGCAGCAGACGCAGGAAGCAGCAACAGAAGCAGCGCCGGAGACCCGAGAGGUCGGCGAACAAGUCCACAUCGAAAGCCUCCACGUCGCCGUCCAAGUCAACCUGGACAAGGAGGAGGCGGAAGCGCAGCGGCGGCUGCGGGAGGAAGAAGAAAGGGCGGAAAGAGAAGAAGCAGAAAGGCGAAGGAAAGAAGAAGAGGAAGCAGCAGCAGCAGCAGCAAAACUGACUCCUCCUAAAACCUUCUCCGACGCAGAAACGCAAACAUCUUUCUCCGGAGAAAGUCCCCUCGACGAAAUCGACACUCAAGAGCCCCCCGCAGUCCUGACGGCUCUCAGAGGCGAACAAGACAGCUUGCUUUACAGGGCGUUUUGCCUCUACAGCGAAUUCGUUCCAAGCAGCUGCGAAAACCUCCUCCCCGAGGCGCACUGCGCCCGCCUCUUCCGCGACGGAGGCCUCAUGGCCGUCCCCCGCCACUCCGCCCUCCGCGGCCUCCCGCCCCCCCUCGCGCGCCACUACUUCCAGCAAAUCUUGGCGCGGCGAAAGAAGAAGCAAGAAAAAGAAGACAGUCCAAAUCACGCUGAGGCCCCCCCGAGCCCUUCAGCGCAGCCCACAGCUGCGCCCCACGACCCAGGGCCAAUGCUCAACUACCGCGAAUUCAAGGCACUGGUGUUCUUGGCGAGCCAGUGGAUUUGCGAAACCGAAAACUCUUAUUGGUCCUUUGUUCGAGUUGUGCGGGAUACACUGCUCCCCGGCCUGUUCCGUUCGGAUCCGUGGCAGCAGCAAAACUCUGCAGAGCUGAAGAGGAAAGGUGGGGUUGCUGCUGCUGCUGCUGCUGCUGCUGCAGGGCCUGACUCAGCAGGAGGAUCGGAUGCAGAAACAACAGGGGACAGCAGCACGAGCUACAGCAGCAGCGGCAGCACCGGCGACAGCAUGUCCAGCAGGAGCAGCAGCAGCAGCAGCAGCAGCAGCAGCGCACGGCGCCGCAGCAGCAACAGAGCCAACCGCAGCCCUGCAGCCAAAGCUCGUGCUGCUGCUCGCAGCAGCAGCAGCAGCAGACAGAUGACCUUCGGCGGCUACGAUGAUGAGCAGCCGAUCGAGACGGCAAAUGUCUACUACGAAGACUCCGAGCUGGACACGGCUCGUUCAGACAGCAGCAACAGCAGCAACAGCAGCAGCAGCAGCAGCAGCAGCAGCUACUACUCUGCAGCAGCUGAAGCAGCAGCACAACGCCCCCCACAAAGCCGCCUCUCUCCUCCCUACAUGGCCCCAGACUUUGCAGACAGGGCCGCCAUCCGCAGCUACUUGAGCCCCCCCCACCCUGCUGCUGCAGCAGCAGCAGCAGCAGCAGCUGCUGCUGCUGCUGCGGCUGCUCCCGACCGCAGCAGAAGAGGGUCGGGGACCUCAGUAGUCUCUUUUGCUGAUUUAAAUCCCCGCAGCGCUGCUGCUGCUGCAGCAAAAGCGCCAAAAUUCGCCUGA